UUGACUUCAGUCAACCUUUAAUUUCUUCAGUGACAUGGGCCUCAACAACACGUCACGUGAUAUUGCUUGAUUUUUAUUCGCCAGAUAACUGCAUCUGAGUAGGCAUCGAAGAAAUGUCAUAAUGUGUGGAUACAAUAGCCACAAGCUUUUUUAUAUACGCUGUAUUGAAGCUACUCACUUCCGUGAUUAAAGCUAAAACGGAAGCACCCGACAGAGAACGCUCUCGCGUUCUUGAGCAAUUGGACCUUCCGUCGCGAGCUCCGCAGAAUCUACCCUCACGAGGGGAGCCAGCCCAGUCUUGUCAGCGCGCUGCGGUGUGGUGGAAGAUGGCGCUAGCCGAAUGGAAAUCCUAAUGACAGUCUCCAAAUUUGCCUCUUUUUGUACCAUGGGCGCCAAUGCCUCUGCUCUGGAGAAAGAGAUUGGAUCUGAGCAGUUUCCAGUCAAUGAGCACUACUUUGGUCUGGUCAAUUUUGGAAACACUUGCUAUUGCAACUCAGUGCUGCAGGCUCUGUACUUCUGCCGGCCUUUUCGGGAGAAGAUCUUGGCGUACCGGAGUCAGCCUCGACGGAAGGAGAACCUGCUUACCUGUCUGGCUGAUCUGUUUCACAGCAUUGCCAAUCAGAAAAGGAAAGUGGGAGUCAUACCACCCAAGAAGUUUAUCACACGACUGCGCAAAGAGAAUGAGCUCUUUGACAACUACAUGCAGCAGGAUGCUCACGAGUUCCUAAACUACCUGCUGAAUACUAUUGCUGAUCUGCUUCAAGAAGAGAGGAAGCAGGAGAAGACAAACGGCCGCCUGGCCAAUGGCACUUUGGACUCGCAGAACAACAACAGCAAUGCCACACCUGCCCCCACUUGGGUCCAUGAGAUCUUCCAAGGCACUCUGACCAAUGAGACGCGCUGCCUCACCUGUGAAACGAUAAGCAGCAAAGAUGAGGAUUUUCUGGACCUCUCUGUUGAUGUAGAACAGAAUACCUCCAUCACACACUGCCUCAGAGGUUUUAGUAACACAGAGACACUGUGCAGUGAGUACAAAUACUACUGUGAAGAAUGUAGAAGCAAGCAGGAGGCACACAAGAGGAUGCGUGUAAAGAAGCUGCCGAUGAUCCUAGCUCUGCACCUGAAGCGCUUUAAAUACAUGGAGCAGCUGCAACGCUACACCAAGCUGUCCUAUCGCGUCGUCUUCCCCCUGGAACUCCGCCUCUUCAACACCUCCGGGGACGCCACCAAUCCUGAGAGGCUGUAUGACUUGGUCGCCGUGGUGGUGCAUUGUGGGAGUGGUCCAAACAGGGGUCACUACAUUGCCAUUGUGAAAAGUCACGACUUCUGGUUGCUGUUUGAUGACGAUAUUGUAGAGAAAAUCGAUGCACAGGCCAUAGAAGAAUUCUACGGUCUCACUUCUGAAAUCUCCAAGAACUCUGAGUCGGGCUACAUCCUCUUUUAUCAGUCCAGAGACUAAAUUUGGAUCCUUGUGUGUUACUGCAUAACCCAAGAGAAAUGCUCUGUUUCCUCUCCGUGGACGGCGGCAGACUUUAAACGCACCACAGCAGCCUGCACGGUGUCAUACCUGUCUGCACAGCUGUAAUCCAUACCUGUGCUUUUUACACACUCGGCAGUGCAGCUCAGCUGUGGAAAUUCCCCAUACGUACCAGCCUGACCCCGUCCUUCCUGCCCCUUCCACAGCCCCCCGCCCAUGAUCCGCUGCUGCUGCUGCUGCUGCUGCUCGGACAAUAAGACGAUACUGAAUGCAAACUGUGUCAAGAUUGUUUUUAAAAAAAGAAAAAGACUUUGAAUGAGGGUUGUACAGAUGUUUCUUGGUUGUAUGAGUGGCGUUUUAGUUUUUGCUUUGGGUGUGGGUUGAAUGGGUAUUUAAUAAUUCAUAUGAUGUAACAUUGGCCUGGUGUCUUCACCCCCCACAUUGUGACCUGGAACGUACUGAGAGAGGAUCAUGGAUGUAAAGGAAGAUCAAUUGUUGGGGGGAGUGGGUGGGUGUCCCACAUAGAGGACACACCAGGCUGUGUAUUUCUACAGUGUACAGAAUGGUAUUUGUAUAAAUAUUACAAGAAGAUAAAAUUAUCAUAGGAAAAUGUUAGACCUUGAGAAGACGUAUUAACACUAUGGUGCACUUUUGAUACCGUUUUGUAGGUGUUGGCAAGCUUAAUGUGAGGGUUUGCUUGAAAAAAGGCCUGUUGUGAAGCGAUCAUUUUCUGUUUUAAAGAAAAAGAAAUAAAGCCAGUAAGAAUGAG